GCGCCUGCUUCCCUCUCUGUGGGACUAGCGACUGAACGACGGACAGACGACAGCCCACCAGCUAAGGGGAAAAACUUCUACAUACACCAUGUGAAGAAAAUGUGUUCAUAAAAAGAGACACCGAGAGCGAAGCAGCGAUAGUGACAGUUUGUUUCCUGCCUCACGAGCUACGGCGCCCGGACAGUGUUUUUAAAAGGCUCGGUAGAGAGCGAAUGGACAGAGGCGGAGCAGGACAGUCUCAUCAACGGUACGAGCUCCGUCUACGUUUAUGUUGACUAUCUAUGUCUGUGUGUGAGAGAACGCGAGAUGCAGGAAUUACCUGAAGAAAGUUCCUAGGUUCAAGAGUUACGUUCAAGGUAGCACACACCUAUACCAUGCCGACGAGUGAUGGCCCCGGUCACUUCCCUGUCUUUGUUGCUCCUCCCAAUGGCAACAUCCAAAGGUCACCAAACUACGUCCCUGGGCGAGUGGCCCCCGUUCGCUUACCACCACCCACCAAAGCUCCACCACCUCCACCUCUAAAACCUCCUGGCCCUCCACCGGAGCGAGUAGCCAGUUUGAACUUGUCAGAGGAGAAACAUCGCAGGGAGCGGGCUCAGAGUCUUCAGCUGAGAAAAAACACACUAAUUUGCUUUGGUGUGUCAGUGGGUGCACUUUUCUUCACUCUCAUUCUCGUUCUGUCUCUCACAAGUGGCGAGAUCUUAGAUGAAAACUGUCCAGACCAUGAUCCAUCUCUCAGCAGCUGGAAUCCAGGCCAUCUACCAGAGAAGGCUGUUUUUGUCAGGCGGGGACAUUUGUUUAGAUUGGAGUCUUCUGCUACUUUUCUUUCAAUAACCAUUCAGUCAGGAGGUAAGGUCGUUUUUGCUGACACUGCUGACGGUUCAAAAAACAUAACCUUGAGAACACACCAUAUAAUCAUAGAGGAAGGUGGAGCCCUUCACAUCGGUGCUCCAAAAUGUCGAUACCGUUCACACGCCACCAUAGCCCUUGUGGGCAGAUCUGAUGACAAAGCAGUCCCGGGGGUCCCUGGAUUGGGUCGCAAGUUCAUUGGGGUUCAGAGCGGUGGAACCCUGGAGCUACAUGGCACAGAGAGGGUUUCCUGGUCUCUGCUGCCCCGAAUCAUCCCUGCCACUGGGCUGGCAUCAGGAGGAUAUGUCUUCCAACGGAACUUCAGCCGAGGCAUCAACUUGCGCGUGGUCGACCAAGACACGGCUGCUGUUCUACUCUCUGAGCGCUACGACACACAUGAUUCCCGCAACGACAGUCGUCAACUGACACAGCUUUUGCGGUCACUACCACAUGGCCGCAUUGUUACUCUAGCUGUUGGAGACUCAGCUGCUAAGAAUUUGUUGGAUGAAACCAAAAUGGCCAUUGAGGAGAAGCUAGGCAGUAGCUUUGUUCAUGAUCUCAAAUACAGGCAGGCCUGGGCAUUGGUUUCCGUCGUCGGUGGUGGUAAUACUUCGUGCACGGAGGAUGUCCGAGAGCAUGAAAAUCACGACACAGGAGGAAGAGCUCUGGUAAGACGCAACUUCACCACUGUGGACGGAGUUGGCUUCUCAGUGACAGCCUACAGUGAAUGGAAGAACGGUUUUGCUAUUUCCGGCUUCCAGGUGGACGCUGUGGACCAGGUGGUGUUAAACCUGCAGGAUGAAGUCCAGCAGACCUGGAAACCAGGCGAUCUUAUUGUAGUUGCUAGUACAGACUAUUCCAUGCACCAGGCUGAAGAGUUCACGCUGCUGCCUUGUCGUCAGUGCACCAGCAGGCAGGUCAAGAUACAAGGGAAACCCCAGUAUAACCAUGUGGGAGAGAUCACAGACGGAGUGGACAUGCGUGCUGAAGUCGCUCUGCUCUCCAGGAACAUCCUGAUCUACGGAGAAAUGGAAAGCUCUUGUUAUGGGUACAACCUCUGCCAGUUCUACAACCAUGACACCUUUGGUGGCCACAUCAAGGUCUUUGGAAACUUCUCAUCAGUGCAUCUGUCCUAUGUCGAGUUAAAGAACAUGGGUCAGCAAGCACAGGAAGGACGCUACCCUCUACAGUUUCACAUGUGCAGCGAUGUCGACCAGAGGGGAGGCUACGUGCAGCCCACGUAUGUGGAUGGACUCUCCAUUCACCACUCCUUCUCUCGCUGCCUCACCAUCCAUGGCACCAACGGUUUGCUGGUGAAGAACACUGUAGGAUACGACACCUUAGGUCACUGUUUUUUCCUUAAAGACGGAAUCGAACAGCGCAACACUUUCUUUCACAACCUUGGCCUGAUGACGAGACCUGGAACUCAGUUGCCCACAGAUCGCAAUGACACAUUGUGCACCAGCAUCAAGGACAAAGUCUACAAGGGCUACACUCCAUCUCCCAGUACCGAGUGCAAGGCAGUCUCUACAUUCUGGAUCACCAACCCCAACAACAAUCUCAUCAGCAACGCUGCUGCUGGUUCUCAGGACGCUGGCAUAUGGUUUGUGUUUUACAGCUCGUCCACUGGAGACUCUCACGGCCUUGAAGCAGAGACCAAAGCAGAGCUCACUCCACUGGGGAUUUUUUACAACAAUCGUGUCCACUCCAACUUUAAGGCUGGACUGUUCAUUGAUAAAGGAGUGAAGACAACAAACGCCAGUGCUGCUGACCCCAGGGAAUAUCUGUGUCUGGACAACAGUGCCAGGUUCAGACCACACCAGAACGCUGACCCCAGCCGACCUCGAGUGGCUGCUAUCAUCGACACACUAAUUUCCUUUAAGAACAAUGACCUUGGCGCGUGGAUCCGUGGUGGUGACAUCAUCAUUCAGAAUUCUGGCUUUGCAGACAAUGGAGUGGGACUAUCCUUUGCCAGCGACGGCAGCUACCCCAAGGAUGAAGGCUCCAGCCAGGAAGUGACACAGUCGCUGUUUGUGGGCGAGAGUCAAAACAGAGGAACCAAUGGGGGACAGAAUAAAUACUGGGGACCUGGAGGAGCUGAUGCAAAGAUGAGGACGCUGCCGAGAAACAGGACGUUCCCUAUAAGAGGUUUCCAGAUCUACGAUGGUCCAGUUCGGCUAACACAGACCACAUUCCGUGGAUUCAUUCCUUCACCAGAGCGUUACACCAGUGCUGUGGGCUUCAACCUAAAGAACACCUGGCAGCUCACCCCAAGAAAUAACUUAUCUCACAUCAGUUUCCACUCCACAGUGGGUCUUCGGACCUUUUUCGGUCGCCCAGGGCAGUGGUUUGAAGAAAACGAUCUGGACGGUGACAAGAACUCCAUCUUCCAUGAUGUGGACGGUUCAGUAACAGGCUAUACUGACAGCUACGUGGGCAGAGCAGACAACUACCUGAUCCAACAUCCUGACUGUGUGCACAAGUCCCAGUGGAACGGAGUGAUCUGCAGCGGCCACUACUCUCAGGUGUACAUCCAGACACAGGGAGCUCCAAGCCUCAGUUUAUCCAUCAGCAGAGAUGAAUAUCCUAACGCUCCUCUGGUACUGAGAGGGAUCAACAGCCAGGGGGCGAUGUCUCAGCAGUACCAGCCCAUUCUGAUGAUGAGCAAGAGUUACACCCUGCACUGGAGUGGACCUGCACCCAGAGAGGUCGUUCUCUCCCUCAUCAACUUUGACAAAGAUCACUGGGUGUUGGUCGGACUCUGUUACCCAUCAGAAACCACCUUCCAGAUCAUGUCCGACAUCAAUGACAGGCAGAGCAACACCUUUAUUGAUCUGACAGAUUAUGGCACUGUGUCAUCGUUGCAAGAGCUGCAGAUGAAGCCCAUGGAUAGAAAGUACUUCUUUGAGCCGUCAGUUGGCUUGUUGUGGCUCUACCUCCGAGCUCGUCACGGCCGUGACGGUCACAGCUACUGUUCGGUGAAAGGCUGCGAAAGAGUAAAGAUCCUCGCAACCACAUCGUCCAAACAGACCUGUAACUGCACGGCUAAAGCGUAUCCCAAAUACUCCAAGGGUCCGUCGGCGGCAGUGCCGAUGCCAGCAGCCAACACUCAGCCCUGUGAAGACUGUGGUGCCAAACAGCUGGUGUUCUCCAGCGAGCCGUGGAACAUCUACCUCCAGACUAUAAUCAAGUCUCUUAGCAACAAAGAGCAGCAGAGAGGAGAUAACAACUCCUUCAUCACGGUAAAUGGGGUGACCUUGUUCUUCUCUCAGCCUGGCUAUUUCCUGGUCUCAGUGGACGCUUGCUCUGGAAAAGUUACCAAGAGAACCUCAUUUUCCAAAGUGGAUACCAAGAUGCAACAAUACCUUAAAACUGGAAUACCAAAGAGGUCAAUCGUGCUCAUGGCAACUCGAGGUCAGCCCGACGACUUUACUGUUGUAGCUCCGUAUUUAGUUUCCUUCGGAGUGGCCAAAGUUCCUAGUCUGAACAGUAAAGAGAGUCUGGCACUGUGGGGAUUCCUGGGUGGCUUGUCACCUCCUGCAUGGGUUUCUCUACAGGCCGGACAGGGCAACGACUUCCUGGGUUCUCAGGAACGUUAUUUAUCCCUGGGUUUGGAUUCGUACGGCUGCACCGCACCCACAACUCAAACACGCAAAGACUUGGAUCUGCUCCGAAAGGCCACGGGACUUCAGUGACACAAUGUGAACGAUACGACUUACCUACACGUGCAGCACUCUUACACACACACACACACACACACACACA